CAAAACAGCCUAUCAAAAAGCCUGAAUGCUGCAGUUCUCUUUUGUAAUAGAGAUGAUUGUUUGGGCUGAGAGCUGCUGUUCUUAACUAGCGGUCGACGUGGCUGUGGAAAAUUAGCCCCAACAAAGACUUGGAAUAAUAAGCGGAUAAUAUCAGAGCACUAAAGCUGCAACUCUCAAGAUUUGAGGGCUGGACACAGUUUCAAGAUUGUGUUCUGGACAGGAAGGAUCACAGUGAGGGGAUCAGGCCCUGUUGAUGGACCAGAGGACACUGAGGAUCCAUCUGGGCAGGGCAUGGAUGGUUCUGCUCUCCCUGCAGGGCAUAUAUAGCUUUGCACUGACUGAUCCUCCUGACAUUUUGACGGAUGGAACUGCGUGGGCCCUGCCUGAAGAUGCUGCCCAAGAGCAGGGUUACUACCUGCAGCAGCUCUUUGGACAGUAUGGUGAGAAUGGCACCUUGUCCUUUGAAGGCCUGACUCGCCUACUGCUGAGCUUGGGGCUAGGGAAGGUGCAGGUGGUGGAGAUUGAGCAUGAGGCGCUAGGCCAUGGCCACGUCUCUCACCUGGACAUACUGGAGGUCCAAGAAAACAAGCAUUUGCAUUCCCACUCAGCACUGGAGCACCUCAGCAAGACUGAGCAAGGAGCCAGGGCUCAAGCAGAGGGCAUCACCCCCACCAGGCCUGGAAUCUCUCUGUUGGGCCACUCCACCCAACCACUUGUGCAUCCUACACUCCACGGCGUCAGACGUGUCACCAAGCCUAGGUUUUGGCAAGCACCAAAGCAGUAUGGGAAUGCCAAAGAAGACCUUUUCAAGCCUUCCCAAGGAUAUUCUGGCCUAAAUCUUCUAGAGAGAGUUAUUGCAUUUGAUCACUCUGUUUACAAUCACCUGCAUGAGGAUUGUCUCAAUGUAUCACAGCUGCUAGUAAAUUUUGGCCUGAACUCUGUCUCCAAGAUCACACCAGAGCAGUUCACAUUGCUGUGUCCAGCUUUGCUCUACCAGAUUGACAGCCGCGUUUGCAUCCAACACUACGAUGAGGUGGCUUUUGGCAUGGUGGGGAGCUCUCUCUGGACUGGCCUGGGCUGGGGAUGUUUGGCCAUCACCCUGACUAGUUUGCCUUCAGCACUGGCCAUUGUCCUUGUUCCUCUCCUCAACCACGAGCUCUUCCAUUUUCUUCUUGCUUUUCUGGUGGCACUGGCUGUGGGGACACUCUGUGGGGACGCGUUGCUGCAUCUCUGGCCACAUGCACAGGCAAGACCCCAUGGGCUACUGUCACCGAAGCAACAGCCGGCAUCACCAGAGGAUGCAGUACUGAAGGGCCUCUGCAUUCUUGGGGGCAUUUACCUGCUCUUCCUCAUUGAGAAUCUCAUGGGAACACUCAAGCAAAUUCAGGCCAAAAAGAAGGGCACAAUUGGAAAGCUCCCUGAUCAAUCUUCUGCUGAGGUGGAUGAGACUAAUGCUGCUGGUUCAAGGACAUCUCAGGGUGCUGAAUCUCAGAGUUUGACAGUGCCAGAAGGAGAAGCUGACAAUCUCUAUGGCGAAGUCCAGGAUUGCUCUGUCCAAAUCCGCAGCUUGGAAGAGUGUGGGGCAAGCUCAGAGAGGCAUGCAGAAGAGGUCCAUCACCGUGGUCAUUCCCACAAGCCAGCUGCCACCCUCAGCGCUGGAAUAGCAGACAUAGCAUGGAUGGUUAUUCUAGGAGAUGGGAUACACAAUUUCACAGAUGGACUGGCCAUCGGAACUGCUUUCUCUGAUGGAAUCUCUAGUGGUUUAAGCACUACGGUGGCUGUAUUUUGUCAUGAAUUGCCUCAUGAACUUGGGGAUUGUGCUGUCCUGCUGCAAGCCGGCAUGCCACUCCGGCGGGUUCUCCUUUUCAACCUGUUCUCUGCUUUCCUGGCUUACUGGGGCACAGUGGUAGGGACGAUCAUCAGCCGGAACACUUUGCAAGUCACACCUUGGAUUUUUGCCAUUACAGCUGGCAUUUUCCUGUAUGUGGCCCUGGUGGACAUGCUGCCUGAAAUGCUGGAGAGGAGUUCUAGCAGGGGCAGGAAAGGCUCCCUCGCCCACUUCCUGCUCCACAACUUGGGUUUCCUUAGUGGAGGAGCCCUCAUGCUCUGCAUUGCUCUCUUUGAAGGACAGAUCAGUUUCCACAUGGACGGGUAGCCCUCUUAAGUGUGAAACUCCAGAGUACAAGAUGGAAGGAAGUCUGUGGCCCACUUCAACUAUGACAGCACGCUUCUUAUAGUUUCAAGAGAGGCUACAGAAUUGCACAAUAUUCCUGUCUGAGGGAGGUGAGGAAAGAACUCAAUAGGAAAGACCAGAAGCAAAGCUGCUUACUGCCUGUCCCCCGUGUUCUCAUAUGUAUAUUGUGGUGGCAAAACUAAGGACAUCAACGUGUCUCACCCAGUCUCAGUGGUUUUGAUAAAAAGAAACAAGGUGCUGCUUAUGAGUCACUGAAAUCAACAUGUUGAAAACUGUUUUUAUUUCCUAAAGUACACUACUUUGCUCAAGAGACUGGGCCUAUUCCAUACAUGCCACCUCAGAAGGCAAUGCAAGGGGGAAAUUAUUUAAGAGACUGCAGCUUACUUUAGGUAGCAUGUGAUACACGAUGGGGACUUUUAGGAAUUGCAAGGUUUUCCAACAAAUGUUUCUUGUAAGCCAGGGAUACGGAACAUACAGAUGAGGGACUACAAGUCUGAUUAUCACUGACCCUUGGCCAUGCUGGCUGGGCCCAGUGGGACUAGGGGAGUCCACCAUCACCUGGAUGCCACAGGGUCCUCAUCCCUGCUGUAAGCUAUCAAUAUCCUGCAGCAUUCAUGUGUAUUUAACUGACAGCUAGGAUUAAAAAGGCAUCUGACUA